CGGAUGUGGUUUAUGGGGAGUAAUGGCUGUGACGCUUUUUAACACAGACAAGGGCGUUCUUUAUAAGUGGAGCGAUCAAUCAUUUAAUCAGUUUGGUUGGAACCUUCUCGGGGCAUUUGUCAUUACAAUUUGGUCAGCAUUUUGGGGAUUUCUGAUUUUUGGAUUGUUACGCAUUUCUGGAUUAUUACGCGUCCCCCGUCAUAUUGAGCUGAAAGGACUGGACGUGCCCAAACAUGGCGAACCGGCAUAUCCAAUCGAAAGCUAUGGUGAUGGGUGGUCUCAAACGGCAGCUGUGAAUGCUAAUAUCCACGACGCUAUCCAGCAAGAAAUCCCACCUGGUGCACUGCAAAGUUAAUUUCGCACAUUUAAUUUAUUGACUUCCCCUAAUUUUGUUCUCUAAAACACAGCAUAUUUCUCAUAUAUCUUUAUCACACCUCUAAAAAAGAAAUUU